AUGGAAAUAGAAUUAAAGAAAAUUAAGGAUAUAAUAGAGGAAUAAGAAAAAGUUUAGCUAAAAUUAUUUAAAUUAUUUGAUAGCUAUGUUGAAUAAGUGCUCAAUCUAGUCAAAUUCGUAAAAUUUCUCAGGUAACCAUAUUUUAAUCAACAAUGUUUGAGCUUUUAAUUAAAAAAAAUGAGAAUGCAAGUAUGA